AUGCCCCGCCUAAAACUCUCCACAAUCCCCAAAACCCUCUCCACCCACCUCUUCUCCCCAACCCUGACCACCACCACCACCAACUCGACGACGCCAACGCCUCCAACGACCUCCUUCCAGAUCCUCUCAGACCUCCACCUCGAAGCGACCCAGACGCCGCCAAACACCUACGAGACCUUCCACAUCCCGCCGCGAGCCCCCUACCUCCUGCUAGCCGGCGACAUAGGGCUGCUAACACCGAGCCAUUACCCCCGCUACCUGCACUUCCUGACGGCGCACGUCCACAAGUUCCAGCAGAUCUUCCUGACGCUCGGCAACCACGAAUUCUACCACCAAUCCCGCGACGAGGCGCUCCUGGCCGCCGCGCAGCUGGAGGGCGAGCGGGCGCUGGAGGGCCGGGUGAAGGUGCUGUACAGACGCGUGGUGGAGGUGGAGGUGGGGGAUGGGGACGGGGGGAAGGAGGCGGUAUACAUCCUCGGCGCCACGCUCAACACCCACGUCCCCGGCUCGGCGGCGGCCGAGGUUGCGGCGCGGGUGCAGGACUUCCGGAUGAUAAAGGGGUGGAGUGUGGAGGCGCACAACAGCGCCUUUCGCGAGGAUGUGGAGUGGCUGAAGGCGGCUGUGGCCGGGCUGCGGGGUCGCAAGGCCGUCAUCGUCACGCAUCACGCUCCCUGCGUCGGCGGGACGAGCAAAAGGGUGUUCGAGGGCAGUUCGCUCGCUUCCGCCUUCGCCACGGAUGUGGUCGGGGAGGUGCUCGCUGAUGGCGGCGAGGGCGUGGGCACUUGGGUCUUUGGCCACACCCACUUCUCCGUCGACUUCUGGGUCAAGUGGAGGCGUGGCAGGGUUAGGCUUGUGGCUAAUCAGAGGGGGUACUUUGGCGAGGAGGCAGGCUUCGAUGUCGGAUUGGUGGUGGGCGUUUGAUUUUUUUAUUAUUAUUUUUUUCCGUUAUCGUAAAUUUUUAUAUAUAUAUUCAACUGUGAUAUCAUAUCAUAUACAUGGUAGUAAGUAGUAGUAGGAUGGGAAGGAGGGAUAUUAAUGACUGCAACGACCUGUUUUUUUUUCUUUUUCUUUUCAUCUUUCUUUUUUGUUUGUUCACUUGUAUCAUGCACGCACAUCCUGGGUUCUCAUAGUUCCGGAGUACGGUGAAAUAAAUCAAUAAAUAAAUCAAUGGAUUAUAUCUAUCUGUUAUACUGCGCUGUAUGUACAGUGCU